AUGAAAUUGGGACAGUUCCUUGUAAGCCUCAGGUGGCACCCAUAUCUCACCGGUGUCCUCCUCACAACCAUCAACGAUUCCGAGGCGUAUAGGACGGAUGACAUGCGCCUACAGGCGUUUGUGUCCCUCAUCCUUUCUUAUCUUGACGCAUGGAUGGCCCAGCUGCAGCAGGCAGACAGCUACACCGUUGAAAGCUACCUCAGCAAGCUCUAUGAGUUUAUUCCAAGGACCGACCUUUAUAAGCCUAUUAUGAGGGCUGUGGUCAAUGCUUUGGUAUACGGCGCCCUAGCUCUCUUCAUGAGUGACAAAUACGAGACCAAGGCAUGGAGGAACAGCAAGUGGGAAUUUGCACUUGAAGCCGCCGGGGGGAUAAUUGGAACCGCUGCGGGAGCCAGCGCGGUCCCCGGUGUCGGAUCCAGUGUGUCGGGAGUGAUUCGGGUGGGUAAUUCGGUCAUAUCUCAAAAGCUUCGACAAGGAGAGGACAGCCUCCGAAAGGUUGUGGUUGGUGUGGCGCGCAAGUUCGGGCUCCACAUCUUACGCGAGGCUGAAGAAGGACGAUUGCGCGACGAGAGGGGACAACCGACUACCAAGACGGAUGGAAGGCGGUACAAUCAAGCCGAGCUGGACGACUAUAUCCGAACAGCAUCCAUGGUGUUCAAUAUUAUCGUAGCGGAGACCAAAGUCCCGUUGUCCGUCAAUGUGACGGCAAGGUCAACCGGAGGAGCCCUUGCCGAACAGGCUGUGAAACUGGCCCAGGACACUAUCGAGCUUGUCAAGGGCAACAACACACAGAGAUCUGAACCCGUCUUGCCUCCUAGCAAUGGUGACAUCGACAGCCCCGACAAUAUGACCUCCUCGGUCCCCCCCCCGCCACCCAACCCACCCACAGAUGGCGUCACCUCGGCCCCGGAUGUUGCGGACGACUUUAGUUUGGAUGGCCCAGAAUGGGCAUUUGAACUGUAG